UCAUUUCUUCUUCUUCUUCUUCUUCUUCUUCUUCAUCAUAUUCUCUCUCUCUCUCUCUCUCUCUCUCUCUCUCUCUCUCAGUCGUUAGCAACUCCUCUGCACAAUCUUUCUCUCUCAUCUGUUUUUACGUCUUGAUUUUUUUACCUCUGAUUUAACUCUCUUGUCAUCGCAAUUCUGCUUUCGGAUACAAUCUGAGCAAGAAUAACUGUGGGUGAUCCAAUCGUUUCUUCUCGUUACUCGAGAGAUCUGACUGAUUCGUUGCAUCUAUUCUGCACCGAUAGAAGAUUAGGCAGAAAUGAAGCGGAUGAGAGAUGACGUUUACUCAUCUGGGUCUCAAUUCAAACGCUCCUUUGGCUCUUCUCGACGCGAAUCAUAUGUGCAGUCUCCAACGCCUGCAAGUGGUGGCACCGGAGGAGGAGGAGGGAGGAUUGGUGAUGGGGGAGUCAACUCUCAGAAACUGACAACCCAUGAUGCUUUGUCCUACUUGAAGGAUGUUAAGGAGAUGUUUCAAGAUCAACGGGACAAAUAUGAUAUGUUCCUUGAGGUUAUGAAAGACUUCAAGGCUCAAAGGACGGAUACAUCUGGUGUGAUUGAACGAGUGAAGGAGUUGUUUAAGGGGCAUAACAAUUUGAUUUUCGGGUUUAACACCUUUCUGCCUAAGGGAUUUGAAAUAACUCUUGAUGAUUUAGAAGAAGAAGAAGCUCCACCGAAGAAGACUGUUGAAUUUGAAGAAGCUAUAACGUUUGUAAAUAAAAUUAAGAAACGGUUCCAGCGCGAUGAAGAUGUCUAUAAGUCUUUCUUGGAGAUCUUAAAUAUGUAUCGUAAGGAUGAUAAGGACAUUACUGAGGUUUACAAUGAGGUAUCGACUCUUUUUGAGGACCACCCGGACUUGCUUGAAGAAUUCACUAAGUUCUUGCCAGAGUCUUUGGCGCCUCAUUCAGCUGCUCAGUUAAUCCGGAGUCAGGCCCAACGGUAUGAUGACAGAGGAUCAGGCCCUCCUGUUGUGCGUCGAAUGAUAACAGACAAGGAUCGCCGCCCACGAGAAAGAGCUGUUGCUUCUAGGUGUGACCGUGAUCAAAGUGUUGACCGUUCUGACCUUAAUGAUGAUAAAGCAAUGGUUAAGAUGCACAGAGAUCCGAGGAAACGAGUGGACAAGGAGAAUAGAGAAAGGAGAAGCCGUGAUUUGGACCAUGGAGAAGCUGGCCAAGAUAACUUGCACCAUUUUCCAGAGAAAAGGAAGUCAUCCAGAAAAACUGAGGAGUUUGAAGCUUAUUCUGGUCAUGCGUCACAUUCUGAGAAAAACAAUCUAAAAGGCAUGUACAACCAAGCAUUUGUGUUUUGUGAGAAAGUCAAGGAGAAAUUAUGCAGCCAAGAUGAUUAUCAGACAUUCUUGAAGUUUCUCAAUCUUUUCAGCAGUGGAAUUAUCCACAGGAAAGAACUGCAGAAUUUUGUUUCUGAUCUGCUUGGAAAAUUCCCUGAUCUCAUGGAUGAGUUCAAUCAGUUCUUCGAGCGUUGCGAGAGUACUGAUAGUUUCCAGCACCUAGCUGGCGUUAUGAGCAAAAAAUCACUUAGCAGUGAUGAACAUUUGUCUAAGCCAAUGAAGGCGGAGGAAAAAGAAAGAGAUGACAAACGCGACCUUGAGGCUGCUAAGGAAAAGGAGCGUUCCAAGGAAAAGUACAUGGAGAAAUCUAUUCAGGAGCUUGAUCUAUCUGAAUGCGAGCGUUGCACUCCUAGCUACCGGCUCCUCCCUUCGGAUUAUCCAAUACCUUCUGUGCGCCACAGACAGAAAUCAGUAGCUGCUGUUCUAAAUGAUCACUGGGUUUCUGUCACCUCAGGAAGUGAAGACUCCUUUAAGCACAUGCGCAGAAACCAAUAUGAAGAAAGCUUAUUUAGAUGUGAAGAUGACAGAUUUGAGUUGGAUAUGCUGUUGGAAUCUGUGGGAUCUGCUGCGAAAAGCGCAGAAGACUUGUUAAAUACUAUCAUUGAGAAGAAAAUAAGUUUUGAGGGCUCCUUCCAGGUUGAAGACCACUUCACAGCCCUAAAUUUAAGAUGCAUAGAGAGACUUUAUGGCGACCAUGGUCUAGACGUGACAGACUUAAUACGUAAGAAUCCAGCCGCUGCACUUCCUGUGAUUCUGACUCGUUUGAAGCAGAAACAAGAUGAAUGGACAAAGUGCCGUGAAGAUUUUAAUGUGGUCUGGAAGGAUGUGUAUGCAAAGAACCAUUAUAAAUCACUUGAUCACCGCAGCUUCUAUUUUAAGCAGCAAGAUUCUAAGAACUUCAGUGCAAAAGCGCUGGUGACUGAAAUCAAGGACCUUAAAGAGAAGUCUCAGAUAGAAGAUGAUGUUCCUCUGUCGAUUUCUGCUGGUUACAGACAACCAAUAGUUCCUCACUUCGAGUAUGAAUAUUUCGAUAGAACUAUUCCUGAGGAUCUAUUCAAACUAGUCCAAUUUUCGUGUGAGGAGAUAUGUUCUUCAAAAGAGCAGAUCAGUAAAGUUCUGAGGCUCUGGAACAGUUUCCUGGAGUUGAUGCUUGGUGUUCCACCCAGGGCCAAGGGGUCAGAUUCUGUUGAAGAUGUUGCAGAAACCAAGCAUCCCGUUACGAAUGGGGAGGCUAAUGUGAGUUCUGACGCUGUAAGUUUGGUUUCAAGGCAACUAAAAUUUGCUGCCAAUGGAGAUGAGUAUGCUUCAUCUGGGGUCUCCAAACACGCCGGGGAUGGUUUGUUGAACAGAGAUUCUUCAGCAAAAGAAAAUUGUAAGGAUGUUGAUCAGGCUAGUAAAGAUGCUGCCACCUGUUCUGCUGUUAAACCCCAGAAAGAUCUUGAAAUUGGAAAUGGAGCUAAUAAAAGAUCCGGAGAUGAUGAAAGAGUAGCCAUUACAAGUGCAUCAUUCCCAAGUGGAGUAGAAAACAAGAAUGAUAACAUUGAUGCCAUUCAGCGUACCCAGGUUGGUGAUAUUGGUAGAACUAUAGCUAUAGCAAAUGGAGUGCAGCCAGAUACUUCUAAAGCCAGCAGUAAUCAAGAUGAAUCCGGUAGUCCAUCCAAAAUCGAGAAGGAGGAAGGUGAAUUGUCACCUAUUGGUGAUUCCGGAGACAACUAUGUUGUUCAUGAAGAGCGUGGACUGAAGUCUACUGCCAAAUCAGAACAUUCCAUUGAAGCUGUAGGAGAAAAUGAUGAUGAUGAAGCUGACGAUGAGGAUGGUGAUGAUGCUUCCGAAGGUGGCGAGGACGCUUCGGGAACUGAAUCCGUUGGUGACGAGUGUUCACAGGAAGAUAAUGGUGUGGAGGAAGAGGGUGAGGAUGUUAAAGCUGAAAGCGAAGGAGAGGCAGAGGGUAUGGAGUCGCAUCUUAUAGAAGACAGUGGGUCGCUUCCAUUGUCAGAACGUGUUCUGUUAUCCGUUAAGCCUCUUUCAAAGCGUGUAGCUGCAGCGGAUGAAAGAAAACAAGAUUCCAGAGUUUUCUAUGGGAAUGACGACUUUUAUGUUCUUUUCAGGCUUCAUCGAAUACUGUACGAGAGAAUUUCCUCUGCAAAGACAUAUUGCAAUCGGAGAAACACGAAAGAUUCUACUAGUUCACCAGAUCCUUAUGCAAGGUUUAUGAGUGCUCUGUUUAGUCUGCUUAAUGGCUCAGCUGAAAGCUCCAAAUUUGAGGAUGAGUGCCGAGCUAUCAUUGGAAACCAAUCAUAUGUUUUAUUCACCUUGGAGAAACUUAUAUACAAAUUGGUUAAACAUCUUCAAGCUAUCGUAGCGGACGAUACUGACAACAAGCUUCUUCAAUUGUAUGAGUAUGAGGAAUCUCGGAAACCUGAUAGGGUCAUUGACUCAGUGUAUUAUGAAAACGCCAGGAUCCUCCUUCACGAGGAAAACAUUUACCGGCUGGAAUGUUCGUCCUCUCCUCCUCGUUUGUCAAUCCAGCUUAUGGAUAAUAUAAUGGAAAAGCCUGAGGCGUAUGCAGUUUCCAUGGAACCCACUUUUGCAAGUUAUCUGCAAAAGGAGUUUCUUUCCAACUCCUCAUCAGGGAGAAAAACAGCGCUACAGCCAAUUGUGUUACAAAGGAACAUGCGUGGAUACUCUGGUCUGGAUGAUCUUGCAGUAGCUUGCAAGGCAAUGGAAGGUGUAAAAGUAAUCAAUGGCCUUGAGUGCAAGAUGUCUUGCUCUUCCUACAAGAUUUCGUAUGUUUUGGACACGGAAGAUUACUUCCACAGGAAGAAGCAUAAGAAGAGUGAUGACUUGUCACAAGACAAAUCAUCGCAGAAACGCAAGUUGAAUAGAGUAGAAAGAUUCCAUAGCUUUCUUUCAGCUUCAAGAUGACAACAAAGAACAUCAAAAACUUAUCUUACUCUCUUUUACUUCAACACACAAGAAAGGUUAGAGAUGUAGACCAAGUUCUCUCUGCAACUUUCUCGUUAGUUUUCUAUGAAGUUACUUUGCACAGUAGUAGUGUGUAUUUAUCUAAUUUGUGUCUUGAUCUUGUAUGGUUGUAAAUAUUGCAAACACAUACAUGAUUAUCCUCUUAGUUUGUAUCUACAAACAUAGAAAGGUUC